CGACGCAAACCUGAAUCUCGCCACACAGAAAAUGCCUCAGAUCGAGAGCGAUACCGAGGCUGUCAGCAGACGAAUUGCCAACAACCGAAUAUAUCUACCGUUCUCUCUCCUGGCCUUCACGGUUGUCUCCAUGAUGCUAAUAAUGGAAGAAAAAGCUUCCAAUAUAAAGGUGACUCUCAACAUGCUUGGCCUGGAGCCAAUGACCUACUGGUUCUCCUGGCUCCACGCUCGGCUCUGUGUGGGCAUUCCUCUGACCGUGAUGGUGACCAUAGUCUGGCUGAAGAAAAGUUCUGGCUACAACGUGCACGUGUAUCGCGAGGUAUUCGCCCCGUGGUUUCUGCUGAUGGUGCUCAACAACAUCACCUUUUCAAUCGUCUUGUCUCUGUUUUUGACCAAUGCGAGGUUCGCCACUGUGUACACGCUAGUUGUUUACAUCUUUUGGAAUUAUCUCUCGGAGCUGACGUUUUCAAGUUCCAUCACAGUUCCAGACUUUCUUGUCGGUCCGUUUUUGUUCUCGCAUGGAGCAAGGCUGUGUGUGGACGCCAUGUUUAGGAAGGACACCUUGUAUCUUUCUAAAAGCGACACAAGCAACGAAGACAAAAGAUUUAUCGAAGGUGUUCUCUACAUGACACUAAACAGUGUCCUUAACUGUGCUGUCGUGUGGGUGGUGGAAUGUAGAGGCCGUGGUGAGAGUCCAAUGAUUCGUUUUCUAAAGAAAAAACUUCCGGCUUCACAACAAAGUACAAACUACAAAUUCACAAAAACAAAUGCAUUAUUUUUUGAGACUUCCAAUGUUAGCGUCCGUCCCGGCAUUGAAAUCAAGGAUUUAGUGAAGGUGUACGGCAGUGAAACGGUAGUGUCCGGCGUAACUUUAGACAUCUACCCCAAUGAAAUCACGAUGCUACUUGGCCAUAAUGGUGCCGGUAAAACCACCACCAUUUCAAUGAUACUAGGUCUGACCCCCAUCACCCAUGGUGUGAUCAAGAUCAGUGGAGCGGACGUCCGUACGAACAUGACCUCCAUCAGGAAGACGCUGGGCUUCUGUCCGCAGUACGACAUGUUCUUCCCCCGGCUCACUGCCUAUGAGCAGCUGCAGUUCUUUUCUCGGAUGCGCAACAACUACACGACGCGAGGAGAUGUUCUGACCGUCCUGACUGAGUUGGGGGUUGCCGAUAAGAUCGAUAUCGACCCGAUCAAUUUGUCUGGUGGACAAAGACGUAAGCUGUCCGUAGCUAGCGCCUUCGCUGGUGACACCAAGACAAUAUUCCUUGACGAACCAUCAACUGGCCUCGACCCAGGUGCCAGGAGAGACCUCUGGAAGUUUUUAACCAAAUGGAAGUCAGGCCGCACAAUCGUCAUGACGACCCACUUUAUGGACGAGGCAGAGAACUUGAGUGACAGAAUAGCCAUUAUGGCCAGGGGUGUUGUCCAGUGCUAUGGAUCUCCAACGUUUUUAAAAAAAGUGUAUGGUGUCGGCUAUAAGUUGACUCUCGUCAAGGCGCAGAAUUGUGUAGAGGAGAUCGUCAGGCAACACAUCAUCUCAACUUUUACCAAAGCUAAAUUUCUGUCUUCGACGAUUUCGGAGAUGAAUUUUGUUUUACACGAGAAGGGAGUCAAAUCAUUCCCUAAGUCAUUGAACGUCCUGGAACAGAAGAUGAGCCGACUGAAAAUACUGUCGUAUGGACUGUCCCGGACUUCAAUGGAGGACGUUUUUCUCAGGGUUGGAGACGAGCGAGAUGAAGUUGAGGAUGAAAUAUUUUCCAGUGAUCAGGACGAUGCAGUCGAAUCACCAGCACAAACAAUAAAAAUGUCACCACAAUCCAGUCAAACGGUAAAAGAGAUAGACACAAUCGGCGGCCAAGAAGUCACCCUUGCGGAGACUGGGGAAAACACAUUGGUCAUCCAAGACGAGGUACAUGAGGAGACUGGGGACGCGGAGGUGGUUAGCCCAUCAGCAGCCCAAGAUGGAAUCCUGGAGGAUUCAGCAGACGGCCCGGCAGAGUCUAACAACCAGAUCGACAUUGGUAAACCAAUGGAAACGCAAGACGCACCAAUCAAAAGCAUAAAUCCAGUUAUAAUAGAAACGAAUCAAUGUGCUGUGAACACACUAAACCAUGGAUCGGCACUGAGGCGACAACAAUUCCAAGCCUUGUUUAUUAAAAGAUGGAUAAUAAUCAAACGAAACUGGGCUACAUUUUUUAUUCUAAUGGGGUUUAGCGUGAUUAUCGCAGGAUUGCUGGUGUGGGCCUCCUACACUCACAACCAGGCGCCGCCACUGUACUUCAAGACAGACAACUAUAGAGAAAAGUGCGUAGCUGUCCGCCGGUCUUCUGACCCCGCUGCUACCGAUAUAUACAAAAGUCUGCAGGCUCUAUUGCCAUCUGACUAUCAUAUAGUUGAACUAGACGAUUCUCUGUCCUUUGACGAUUCUCUCAAAGCAUGGGCGAGAGAGCAUUCUGCCGAACGUUAUACACAGAAAAUUCUAAUGGGCUUUGAUAUCGCGAGUCCGCCACAAGCCAGCACGGUGCAUUAUCAAGGCUCCUACGUUCACAGCGAAGGUGUGGCGGUAAACCUUUUCCUAAAUGCCUACACCCAAUCAAUCUUUGGACAAAACAUCUCCAUCCUGAGCGGUGUUUUCUCUCUGGGGCAACUCAAGUCCGAUAACUCUACACCAAUCAAGACGUUGCAUGCCAUACACCUAUCAAUGCUUCUAAUACAGAUCUUAGUCCUUAGCUGGCUGUCCACUGAAAAAAGCUGCGGAGCCAAACACUUAGAGAUGAUCAGUGGUAAGCCGUUUUGGAUGUCGUACUUAUCCAACUGGGUGUUCGAUGUGAGCCUGCUGCUGUCGUGCACCCUGCUGAUGUGGCUGGUCACCUUCGUGCAACACACCGUCACCUUCCUGCUGCAGCAGCUCCCCAUGCUGGCUGCCAUGCACGUCUUAUACAUCACCAGCGUCCUGCCGCUCAUUUACACCUUCCAAAUUGUCUUUAAAAAUGCAACAACUGCAAUUUUUGCUUUCCUGGUAUACAACGUAUUAACUGUUGUAGCAUACUUUGUCAGCAUGAUAUUUAUCAACCGAACUAUCGGAUACCUUGGACUACAUAUAAUGAGCGUCGCAUCCCCUAACGCCAACCUAGGCUUCUUCCAUGUAUCGUUAGGUCUAAGCCCAUCGCUGCAGGUCACGUUUGAAAUGAACCAAAACAAACUCUUAUACUCUUCUGGGAGUACGCUGUGUUUCUUCGUGAUCGCGUUCUUCUUGGAAUACUUCAGUAUCAGAGGGUUCAGGUGUAAGAACACGGGAUCAGUGAUUGACUACAUAACAGUAAAGGUCGAGGAAAAGACUUUGAGAGUCAUAGAAAAUAAAACUCUGACGCAGUGUGAUGACGAUGUGAUAGCGGAGAAUCAAAGAAUUGCUAACACUGACUUACAUGCGUUGUUCGAGUCAGAUGCGCUAAUUCUGGAUAAGGUGUGCAAAAAGUUUAUGGUCUGCACCAGAGUCUUCACAGCUGUGGAGGGCACCAGUCUGGGCAUACCGAAAAACGAAUGCUUUGGUUUGCUCGGGCAGAACGGCGCUGGGAAGUCAACGACCUUCAAGAUGCUCAUAGGAGAAUUGAAUAAUACAUCCGGCCAGAUAUAUCUGAGUGGUCUAGCACUAGGCUCACAUAAAUUACAAAUUUAUACAAUGAUUGGCUACUGCCCGCAAUACGAUUACCUCCACGGAGACCUGACAGCCAGGGAAUCUCUGUACCUAUUCGGGCGUUUUAGGGGGAUCGCUGAACAAGAACUAAACGCCGUAAUCGAAUACCUAAUCACCGCUCUGAUGCUGGAUGCUCACGCUAACAAACAGUCCAAGUUCUACAGUCUAGGCAACAAGCGAAAACUGUCCAUUGCUCUUGCUGUGAUUGGGAACCCCCCGUUUGUGAUGCUGGAUGAGCCAACGUCUGGCAUGGACGUCAUCGCUAAACGAGCAGUCUGGAAACUGCUGCAGAAUGUCAGAUCUCUCGGUUCUACCUUAAUCCUAACCUCACACAGCAUGGAAGAAUGCGAAUUGUUAUGCACAAGACUGACCAUCAUGGUCCGGGGGAAAAUGAUGUGCCUGGGCAGCCCCCAGCAUCUGAAGUCGAAAUAUGCGCAGGGAUACACGGUGACUGUAAAGGUGAAGGACGAGACUGGCGGAAGUACUAGCAUCGCCACUGAUUACCUGAAGAAAUGUUUUACGUCAGCGGAGGUGUUUUGUCAAAUGGAGUCGUAUCUUCAUCUCCAAAUCCCAUCUGGAGUAGUCUCCCUGCCCCUGAUGUUUAAACUGAUGGAACAAGCUAAACAAGAUCUCCAGCUUCAAGACUACUCUAUACAACAGACCACAUUGGAGCAAGUCUUCCUCAUGUUCAUGAAUAAAAAUAAAGCCUAA